AUGGAGAUCGCCUCCGCGGCGGUUCCGUCGGACGGCCGCGAUGUCAAGAACGAGGCGGGACCGUCCGAUUCGUCUUCUACCACGGCCUCAUCUUCAUCCGGAAAUCCUGAUUUGAUUGAGAAGGACGGUGCGUCCUCGUCGCCGCCAUCUAUGUCGGUGGUGGCGGCGGCUGCCGCGAGGUACGAUGACGACGAGGACGAGGAGGAUGUGUGUAGGAUCUGCCGGAACCCCGGCGACGCGGAGAAUCCGUUGAGGUACCCGUGUGCUUGUAGUGGGAGUAUCAAGUUCGUUCAUCAGGAUUGCCUGCUCCAGUGGCUUAAUCACAGCAACGCUCGUCAAUGCGAGGUCUGUAAACAUCCAUUUUCUUUCUCUCCCGUGUAUGCUGAAAAUGCUCCUGCAAGACUUCCUUUUCGGGAAUUCAUAAUGGGAAUGGCGAUGAAGGCUUGCCACGUGAUGCAAUUCUUUUUGCGCCUUAGUUUUGUCCUCUCUGUCUGGCUUCUGAUCAUACCUUUCAUAACAUUUUGGAUAUGGCGCUUGGCCUUCUUGAGAAGUUUUGGUGAAGCCCAGAGGCUCUUCUUGAGUCAUAUCUCAACUACAGUUAUUCUUACUGAUUGCCUGCAUGGGUUCCUUCUCUCUGCCAGCAUCGUUUUCAUUUUUCUUGGAGCCACCUCUCUAAGAGAUUACUUUCGCCAUUUAAGAGAGAUCGGUGGACAAGAAGUUGACAGAGAAGAAGAGGCAGAUAGAAAUGGCGCCCGUGUACCAAGGAGGCCUCUGGUGCAGGGAAAUAGAAAUUUUGCUGGUGAGCCUAAUGUUGAGGAUGUUGGAGGAGCGCAAGGAAUUGCUGGUGCUGGUCAAAUCAUCAGAAGGAAUGCAGAAAAUGUUGCUGCCCGGUGGGAAAUGCAGGCAGCUCGUCUUGAAGCUCAUGUUGAACAAAUGUUUGAUGGUUUAGAAGAUGCUGAUGGUGCUGAGGAUGUGCCUUUUGAUGAACUAGUGGGCAUGCAGGGUCCUGUUUUCCAUUUGGUUGAAAAUGCAUUCACUGUUCUUGCGAGCAACAUGAUAUUCCUUGGAGUUGUAAUCUUUGUGCCUUUUUCAUUAGGACGGGUUAUUCUCCACUACAUAUCUUGGCUAUUCUCUUCUGCAAGUGGUCCUGUUCUGUCAUUCAUUUUGCCGCUAACAGAGUCUGACCUCUCCUUAGCAAAUAUCACUCUGAAAAAUGCAUUGACAGCUGUGACAAAUUUGACAUCUGAGGCCCAAGAUGGUGGCAUUUUGGACCCUGUGGUUCACGCAUUGGAAGUAAAUGCUAGUGCAGCAAAUGAGGCUGCAAGCAACAUUAGUUCUUCAGUCUCUGCUGAUCUAUUGAAAGGGGCCGGUAUCAGCACAUCAAGGCUUUCAGAUGUGACAACUCUUGCAGUUGGCUAUAUGCUAAUUUUCUUCUUAGUUUUUCUUUACCUCGGUGUUGUUGCUUUGAUUCGGUACACUAAGGGUGAGCCCUUGACCUUGGGAAGGUUCUAUGGUAUUGCAUCUAUAGCAGAAACAAUCCCGUCACUCUUCAGGCAGUUCUUGGCAGCAAUGAAACAUUUGAUGACUAUGAUUAAAGUUGCCUUCCUUUUAGUAAUUGAGCUCGGGGUGUUCCCUCUGAUGUGUGGAUGGUGGCUCGAUAUAUGUACUCUAAGGAUGUUUGGCAAGUCAAUGUCUGACAGAAUCCAAUUCUUCUCAGCCUCUCCUCUGGCUAGCUCUUUGGUUCACUGGGUUGUGGGAAUUGUAUACAUGCUCCAAAUAAGCAUCUUUGUCAGCCUUCUUCGAGGGGUUUUACGCCAUGGAGUACUCUAUUUCCUCAGAGAUCCUGCUGAUCCAAACUACAAUCCGUUUCGUGAUUUAAUUGAUGAUCCUGUGCACAAGCAUGGACGCAGGGUACUCUUGUCUGUUGCUGUGUAUGGAAGUUUGAUUGUGAUGCUGGUAUUUUUGCCUGUCAAACUUGCCAUGCGAAUGGCACCAUCCAUCUUUCCUCUAGACAUCUCGGUUUCUGAUCCGUUCACAGAAAUUCCAGCUGACAUGCUUCUGUUCCAAAUCUGCAUUCCUUUUGCCGUUGAGCAUUUCAAGCUGCGGACGACAAUCAAGUCUCUGCUUUGCUAUUGGUUUACAGCAGUUGGUUGGGCGCUUGGCUUAACUGAUUAUUUAUUGCCUAGACCUGAUGAGAAUGGUGGGCAAGGAAAUGCAGAACCUGGAAGGCAGGAUCAAUUACAGGCUGGUGCUCAGGAUCGUGCUCUGGCAGUUCCUGGUGUUGAUGAUCAUCCCAACAGAGGGAUUCCUGGAGCAGGGAAUUUAAAUACUGUUGAUGAAGAUGAUAGUGAAGACCAUUCUGAUUCUGGCCGGUAUGGCUUUGUUGGCUCGAUUGUGCUCUUGUUGGUGGUGGCAUGGAUGACACUUCUGCUCUUCAACUCUGCCGUGAUUGUUGUACCUGUGGCACUGGGUCGAGCCCUUUUCAAUGCCAUUCCUCUUCUCCCGACAACACAUGGUAUCAAGUGCAAUGAUCUAUAUGCUUUCGUAAUUGGAAGCUAUGCCAUCUGGACCGCUCUGGCUGGAGUUAGAUAUUGUUUGGAGCAUGUUAGAACAAAGAGGGCAGCAGUUUUGUUUAACCAAGUUCGGAAGUGGUGCGGCAUUAUCCUCAAGAGCUCCGCGCUACUAUCGAUAUGGAUAUUUAUCAUUCCAGUGAUGAUCGGGCUGCUUUUCGAGCUCCUCGUUAUUGUCCCCAUGCGUGUCCCUGUCGACGAAAGUCCAGUCUUCCUCUUGUAUCAAGACUGGGCAUUAGGACUCAUCUUCCUCAAGAUCUGGACUCGACUGGUCAUGCUGGAUCACAUGAUGCCGCUCGUCGACGAGAGCUGGCGAAUCAAAUUCGAGAGGGUGAGAGAAGACGGCUUCUCGCGCCUGCAAGGCCUGUGGGUCCUCCGCGAGAUCGUCUUCCCUAUAGUGAUGAAGCUGCUCACUGCGCUGUGCGUGCCUUACGUCCUCGCCAGAGGGGUGUUCCCAGUGUUGGGCUACCCUCUGGUCGUGAACUCAGCGGUCUACAGAUUCUCCUGGCUGGGCUGCCUGUGCCUGAGCGUGCUGUGCUUCUGUGCCAAGAGGUUCCAUGUCUGGUUCACCAACCUCCACAACUCGAUUAGGGACGACCGGUAUCUCAUCGGUCGGAGGCUCCACAACUUCGGGGAGGAUGCUGUGGGAGCGUCGGAGGACGAGAACGACGACUGUGCAGGUUCUUCUAAUCAGGAAGGGCAGCAGAGGCCUGAUGUCUUGUUAGGAGGAGGUGGUAAUGAGAGGGAAGAAGGUGGUGAAGUAGGGUUGAGAUUAAGGUAUGUUAAUCGACAAGCCGUAAACUCUGAUAUUGUUAUGGACAACAAUCCGUGGCCGAGGAAGAGAAGUUUCCCACAGAGAACAAUCAAUGUCACGGCUAACAACUUUGGCAGCCCUGUGCCCAUAGUUCAUCAUGAAGAGGCAAGAAAUAUCCCAGCCAAGAGUGGCGCAGAACCAUCAAGAAUCGUUAGGAAUUUAAAUGAGAAGCUAGCUUCUGUGCUUCUUGAUGAUCAUCUCACUAAAACUGAACAUGAUAUCCCUUCUGCAGAGCUGGAGAAAGCAGAAGAAGAUGUAUUCAUGCAGAGACAAGUGGCCCAUCAUGAACCUGCAUUGAAGCAGUUCACCAGACCGUUGAGCUCUAUCCCCGAAGAACUAGAGGUGAAGAUGUACAGUGAAUCCAUCAGGGAUAAAUCAUCAACUGGAUUUAAGGAGCUAGAAAAUGAGUUGAGGGAUUUAGCUAUUGACAACACAAAUUUGAGCAGGACCUUAAUGGUGAAGGAGAAACUAAUUGAUGAUCUGUACAAGCAAGCAUCUCAGACAUCGGCAGAGUUUCAUGCACUCAUGUCUCGAUUGGAUUCAACCGAGAAAGAGAAUGCAUUCCUCAAAUAUGAAUUCCACAUGCUGGAGAAAGAGAUCGAUGUUCGCAACGAGGAACUCGCGUACAGCCGACAGCAUGCUGAUGCAUCCAGGAGGCAGCAUCUGGAGAGUGUCAAAACAAUUGCCAAGUUGGAAGCAGAAUGCCAGAGGCGUCAGAAAAGGGAUCCAUUUCCUGCUACUGCCACUUUAAAGCCUAGUCAUGAGAUUCCUGAAAAGAAUAUAAAUUUCCUGCUGGAUAAACUAGUUGCUACUGAGGAAGAGAACAGGAGUCUUAAGGACACACUGAUGAGGAAGAAUGCUGAACUUCAAUCUUCGCGCAUCAUGUUUUCUAGAACAGCUUCAAGGUUGUCACAGGUUGAAGCUCAAUUAGCUGCAGAACUUCCUGGCGGUGGUGUGAAGUCGAUGGAGCUUGUUAAGUACAUUUACCCUAUACCUGGUUCUGAGUUUGGGAGUGAUGAUGGAGUUAGCUCGUCUUCUGGUUCAUGGGCCACUGCUCUACUCUCGGAACUCGAAAGCUUCAGAGAUGGAAAGGUGAUCAAGAGUCUUCGAAAUGACCACAAACCGAUUGAGAGCUUGGAGAUGUGUUUGAUGGAUGACUUUGUCGAAAUGGAGAAGUUUGCCGUAGUCUCUACAACUGGUGAUGAUGAUGAUCAAGAGUUUGACUGGCUUCAGGUUGUUCUGAAAGCACUGAACAAGCAACAUCGAGUUUCGAAACGUUCUAUGCCUGAGCUUCUCGAGGAUAUCAAUAUUGCAUUGGGCUACAACAAUCAUCUAAGCACUCAUUGUGGUCAACCGAGUCUGAGUAAGUCAAUGUGCAAGAUUGUGGACCUUGUGGAGAGAUUUAAAAUUCCAGUAGCUUUAACAUCCAAACCUGAAGAUCAAGACUCGAAGGAACUAUCGAGUUCCUUAGUGGUGGCAGAACCUUCAGAUGUCAUGCAAAAAUUUCUUCAUGCAUGCAACAGUCUGAUGGAUGGAAAGACUAGUGUUGAGAAGUUUACCGAGGAAUUAUCAUCUGCUUUGGAGUUUAUUCUAAGCAAUCACAACAUGUUUGGAGAGAAUGAGAGGUUGAAAGAGACAGAAGCUAGGCUGAAGGUAGCGAGUGAGAAGACUGAGUCUUUGACGAUUCAACUACAGGAAUCAGAGCAGAAUAUUCGGAACAUAAAGGCAGAAAUGGAGACUUUGAGAGAGUACAAGUACAUGGUUGAAGACCAGAUGGAGAAUCAGAUAUCGAUCAAUGAGGAACUCGAUACUCAGCUCUCGGUUGCCAAAGCCCAGCUGAAUGAGGUCAUGCAAAAGUACUCGUGCUUAGAAGUCGAGCUGGAGGAUAAGCAUGACUGUUGUGAAGAGCUAGAAUCAACUUGCCUUGAUCUUCAACUCCAACUAGAAGGUGUAACGUGUAUCGAGACUACUAUCGAGACUACGAACAAUGGCAUGAAUGGAGAAGGAAAGCAAUCAUCCCAAAAUGAAUUGGAGAUAUCAGCAGCCUCAGUGAAGCUGGCCGAAUGCCAAGAAACCAUUCUCAGCCUUGGAAAGCAACUGAAGGCACUGGCUUCACCAAGUGAAGCAGCCUUGUUUGACAAGGUAUUCAAUGCUGGAAAUGCCGCCAACAUCGUCGCCACCACCACCACCAACAACAACAACAGGAACUUGUUCCGUCGGUUCUCAUUGCGUGACCAAAUGCUAGCUGAAGAUAAAUCUAAAGCGAUCAUUCUCUACUCGCCAAAGGAAGAAGAUGCACUGAUAGAAUCUCCGAACCAACAUAAUGAUUAUGGUGGUGGCAGAACUCCAGAAGGUGAUGGUGGUAAAACUGCAGAUACAAGUACAGCAAUGGCGAUUGUGCCAGGUAAAAAAAGUGCAGGGUUUGAAUUUCUGAGGAGGCUGCUGAUGAGAAGGAAGAAAGGAGUGAGCAAGAAGUCCCAGCCCAUGGUGAAAGCAUGA